AUGACGGUAGACAUGGAAAAAUGCAAACGCAUAGUACAAUACUUCUGGGACCCAGAACCCAGAAAUGACGACCCUGCAACUGUGAUAUGGUGCCUGGGUCGAGAGUAUGCGCCUACCAAGAUGGACAAUGCCAGCAUGUCAAAUGACACGACCUGGCCCCAGGAAUUUAUCUCUGAUUUUGGGUCUCGAAUCUGGAUCACCUAUCGUUCCAAUUUUACGCCGAUCCCUCGAACUAAAACCCCAGAAGCAACCUCCUCCAUGACUCUUGGCGUACGCUUGAGGAGUCAGUUAAUGGACUCCCAAGGCUUCACAUCGGAUACGGGGUGGGGUUGCAUGAUCAGAUCAGGACAAGCCCUCCUGGCAAAUACGCUGUCAAUCCUUCUACUGGGACGAGACUGGCGACGUGGGGAAAAAGUGGAGGAGGAGUCUCGCCUGUUAUCGCUGUUCGCCGAUCAUCCAGAUGCUCCAUUCUCGAUACAUCGAUUUGUCCAGCGUGGGGCAGAAUCAUGCGGGAAAUACCCAGGCGAGUGGUUUGGGCCAUCGGCAACUGCCAAGUGUAUACAGCUACUGUCAACCCAGAAUGAGUGUCCCAACCUGAGAGUCUACGCGACCAAUGAUUCAGAUGUCUACGAAGACAGAUUUACCCAAGUGGCUCGCGACAGAUCUGGCCAGAUUCAACCCACAUUGAUCCUGAUCGGAACUAGACUGGGGAUCGAUCAAGUCACUCCUGUGUACUGGGAUGGACUUCAGUCCGCCCUGAAACUUCCCCAGUCCGUGGGUGUUGCGGGGGGACGCCCUUCCGCGUCACAUUAUUUCCUGGGGGUCCAAGACUCUCAUUUCUUCUUUCUGGACCCCCACACGACCCGACCCACAACUGCCCAUCAACCAGAGAAGCUUUAUACCCCAGAAGAAUUGGACAGCUACUACACCACGCGAUUGCGCAGGAUUCACAUCAAAGACAUGGAUCCCAGCAUGCUCAUUGGAUUUUUGAUUAGGAACGAAAAUGAUUGGGCGGAUUGGAAGGCUCGAAUUCGAGCCUCACCGGGAAAACCCAUCGUGCACAUUUUCCCCGGCCAGCAGGCCACACAGGGAGAACCGCGCGCUGGCGCGCUGGAUGAGGUGGAAGCACUGGACGAUUCAGAUGAUGAAUAA